UGUCGAGGUUCUGAAACCCUUAUUAUCGAUGCUUCACGCUCCAUUGUGCAUGCCUUGAUUUUUAAACGGUAUAGUGAAUGAUUACUCAAUGUAGCAACACAAAGUGCAAGUGUUUGGGAAAGAGUAGAUUUUGUUCUGUAACCUUUCUAUAAGAUGUCCGUUUUAGUUCGAUCUGUGGUGCGUUGUGUAAAAUUCCGCUGGGUCUCAGAGCGAAUCCUCCAUUACGGUGGUUCUUUGCAUGUAGCGAAUCAGGUCAGUUUUUACCACCAGAACAGCAGCUCGGUGAAUCGGGGCUCCGCGCGCUGGCACACGGUGGAUCUGCGCAGUGACACGGUGACUGAGCCUGGCGAAGCCAUGCGCAAUGCCAUGGCACAGGCCAGGGUCGGUGAUGAUGUGUUCGGCGAAGACCCCACCGUUAAUGAACUGCAGAAAGUGGCAGCUGAUAUGUUUAGCAUGGAAGCAGCUUUGUUUGUACCCACAGGAACCAUGAGCAAUUUGAUUGCUGUCAUGGUGCACUGCAGAGAGAGGGGGGAUGAGAUGAUACUGGGAGAUCUCUCUCAUCUGCACAUCUAUGAGCAGGGAGGGAGUGCACAGCUUGCUGGUGUACACUCCAGGACACUCACGAAUCUAUCUGAUGGAACGUUUGACCUGGAGCAGCUGGAAUCAAAGAUCCGCCAUGGCUACCCCGAUGCACACUAUCCCCGCUCACGGCUGGUUUGUGUAGAAAACACUCACAAUAUCAUGGGUGGACGUGUUCUCCCUGUCUCCUUCCUACAGCAGGUGCGCUCUGUAGCAGAUAAGUACGGACUUGCUGUACAUAUGGAUGGUGCUAGGUUGAUGAAUGCAGCAGUGGCACUGGGUGUGCAUCCCUCUGUCAUAAUCAAACACUGCCACACGGUCAGUGUGUGUCUAUCUAAGGGUUUAGGAGCACCUGCUGGGACCAUGCUUGCUGGGUCUAAAGAGUUCAUCCAGAGAGCAUUGCGUGCUCGUAAAGCGCUGGGAGGUGGAAUGCGCCAGUCAGGCAUUUUAGCUGCAGCUGGAAAGAUAGCCCUUGUGGACAUGAUAACUAGACUGGAGGAGGACCACAGAAAUGCCAGAACCUUUGCCAAAGCUCUUACCCAGUGUGAUCCUCCUUUGUACCAUGUGGACAUGUCUUCUGUUGAAACAAACAUAGUACGCUUCGGUUUGCGAGUUCCUGGGUUGAGUCCAACUCGUUUCUGUGAGCUGAUGGAGGAGGUGAGCAAUGAGGAGAUUGCCGCUCUGAACCAGGGAGUACGUGUGCUCAUGUUCCCUCAUGUCGGGGGUACAGUGAGAGCUGUGUGGCAUCUCAACGUCAGUGAGGAGGACACCCAACUAGCUAUAAAGAAAGCCCAGUUUGUGGCCCAACAGUUUGGGUUGAAAUCAGCAAGAAACAGAUGAAAGCAAGUGCAAAAUCUUCAAUCAUCAUCAAUGUCUACUUUAGUUAUAAAGUGUUGCAAGAUAUUUUUAACCAAAUCAGGAAAAUUUGGUUUUACAUUACACUCCAGUACUUCUUUUAAAAUUGUAAGGCCUUAUGGACACUGAAGCUUCCACUAAAGUUUCAACAUUAAAGAUCCUACAAGAUUUGGCUGAAAAGUGAGAUCAAGGGUCUGAAUGAAUGCAAAAAAUUUGAGAGAAAACCCUAACCAGUGAUAUUGCCGUGUGCAUGUCAAUGUUUUACUUGAAUAGACUUUAACCUAGCAUAAAAUAUAUCAAGCACCAGCACAUACAGUUCUGUGUGUGUGUGUGUGUGUGUGUGUGUGGGUGUUUUGUAGUCAACCUGCAAGUGUUUUAACAGUCCUGAAGGUGCUUGGGUAUGAGCUACAGGAGUUGGUUCCCCAACUGUUUUGUUGUUAGCAUGGUGAAGAACACAUUUCACACAUCAAAUGAAACUGCCAUGUAAAAGAACCUAGACUGUGACUGUGAAUUUGUUUGGCUAAAUAUGACAAAAAAAAAAAUACCUCAAGAGCUACAUAAUUCUGUGAGUGCACCAGCAAAAUCUACACCUACACCUGGAUACUGAACUUCUAUCAGUCACAGUGCACAAACAGAGAACAUAAUUGUCCAACUAGAAUCUGCAAAAUUAUUGUAAAUCUUUCUGGAUGACCAUUAUAAAUGCUGCAGCCUCAUCAAAAGUAAAAUGACUGAAGAAUCAGGAGAGCAAGAGCCAGAUUAUAAUAAUUGCAUGCACAAAGGCAACCAGGGUGUUCUAUAGUCUAAAUAUAAGUUGGACACAGCAGGCUUUAAUACAGUAUGUGCAAGAGGACACACAUAAACACACACAAACACAAAAGCAUAUUAUACCUAAGGCUAAGUCAGGAAAAAAUACUUGAGCAUGAAGAGUGAACAAAGACAAUUACAGACAUUAAACUGAAUUGAUCUUAAAAUUGAUAAAUUACGUAUCCAAUAAUUACCAGAAUAUAUUAGAAAGCCAGAAAUAAUAUAAAAAAAACAGGAAACUAACACAAUGGAAUACUAUAAUUUGAGAUAACUCAUUCAUUCAUUCAUUCAUCUUCUACCACUUAUCCGAACUACCUCAGGUCACGGGGAGCCUGUGCCUAUCUCAGGCGUCAUCGGGCAUCAAGGCAGGAUACACCCUGGACGGAGUGGCAACCCAUCACAGGGCACACACACACUCUCAUUCACUCACGCAAUCACACACUACGGACAAUUUUCCAGAGAUGCCAAUCAACCUACCAUGCAUGUCUUUGGACCGGGGGAGGAAACCGGAGUACCCGGAGGAAACCCCCGAGGCACGGGGAGAACAUGCAAACUCCACACACACAAGGCAGAGGCGGGAAUCGAACCCUCAACCCUGGAGGUGUGAGGCGAAUGUGUUAACCACUAAGCCACCGUGACCCCCUUUGAGAUAACUAUAAUUAUAAAGCACAUUAUAUACAGUAUUGGUUUGAAAGUGACAGCCACAUACUGCUAUUACUGCAAGCUUGAAAUUAUACUGGUCCAUGUUUUAGAUAUAUAGUGAGGACCAGAUGUCUGAGACCAAAAGUGAAAAUGCUUAUUUUUCAUUAUUUUCAAUUGAAUACAGCCAUUUUUGUUACAAAUUAUACUGAUGACAUCAACUUGAGUGAAAAUUUGAGUCUUUGCAAAUAUCUGGAUAAAUUACGUUUAUUUUCUUUGUCUUAAAAAUUCUAAAACCGGUUUAUUUCCCAUUUUCAAUGUGGUCUCAGGCUUUUAGAUCACUUUAAGUACUCAUAUAAAGUAAUAUAAUCAAUGUUUUCUCUAAAUUUCUGCUGGUAAUAAGAUUGUCCUGUAGCACACAUAAUGACAUGUUUUUCAUUUUGGAAUAAUGAGUCUGUCACCAAGGUUUGCAUAUUAAGUACAUGUAACACAUGCCCCAUAAACACACACACUCAUUCUGAAGAUAGAUUGCCUUAAUGACCAGAAGGAUAUUGCAUUUGCUGAGCUGCAUCUCAAUCCAGAGCCCUGAGCCACACACUAGUCACAGUGUUUGAGAUCAGCUACAUAAAGAGGCACUUUACAAGUGUCAGCGUUAAUAAAAAUUAUAUAUACAAAAUGUCCAUAAAUAGUACUGCACUGUAUCUUUUUUCUAAGUGAAUACACCUUGGAUGUAUGAACAGAAUUCAAUUAACUUUGAACAAUAGUUGCCUAUGGCAACAAUAAGUGCCACAGCAAAACAUUGUUCUAGUGUUAUAUUCAUGUGAAACAUCUAUUUUAAUAUAAUUGAAUUCAUUCAACAUUUGAAAAACAUACAUUGAAAAAAGCUUAUAGCAUGGAUGAUAUUAUGUUAUAAAGUUUUUACUCAUCAAGUUAUUGAGAUUAACAGUAUGUAAUACUGCAAGUUGAACUAAAGGAAUGUGUAAGCCAUUGUAAAAUGUCUCAACCACUGUAUGUAUAACAAUAAUUACUGAAUGGGCAGUUACAGAUGAUCCUAAAAGAUGAUGAAGUUAAAUAAUGUCAAGCACAUUAGGUAAAGCACAUAUAUAAAAAUUAUAACCCACUGUGUCCUGGUAUUUACUGUGCAUACAUUUUUACAAAUGUGAUACGUUAAAUGUUCUUUUGAUAGUUAAUAUUGAUAUUUGAAUUUUUUUUUAACUUCAUAUAAGUGUUGUAUUUUAAACACAACAGGUCCAGGAGGUUGAUAUGAAACACUGCUGACAAGACAAGUUCAGAAUAACAAG